UUCCGUAACUUAUCUCUAGUCACAUGACUCCUCAUGAAACCACGCCCACACCGCCUUGACACUUGCUAUGCUGGUAAACUGAUUGCUCUCUGUUAGCGACGCAUGUGUUUUCAAAUAUUAUUAUGGCAGAGGCGUACCUACAUCUGCGAUGCUUUCGUGAAUCACACUCAUCUGAGCUCUUCAACGAUGACGGCGUGCAAUCGGUGACCUCAAAAGAACAAAAAAAUGUUGAACGCAGUAUUCAAGAGGUAUACAGUGUUUACCAGCAAAUUCACACCUCACCACAGCCUGCUUUGCUGAGGGAACAACACUAUCAUUAUCUGAAGAAAGGUUUGCGACAUCUCUCUGAUGCGUAUGAGUGUUUGGAUGCCAGCCGGCCUUGGCUCUGCUAUUGGAUCCUGCACAGCCUGGAGCUGCUAGAGGAACCCGUGCCGGCAGCAGUUGCUUCAGACGUAUGCCAGUUCCUAGCGAGAUGUCAGAGCCCGACAGGUGGUUUCGGUGGAGGUCCGCGUCAGCAAGCUCACCUUGCACCCACCUAUGCAGCUGUUAAUGCCCUAUGCAUCCUAGGCACACAGGAGGCCUACAACGUCAUCAACAGAGAGAAGCUGCUGGACUUCCUUUACUCCGUGAAACAGCCAGAUGGCUCCUUUGUGAUGCAUGUAGGCGGGGAGGUGGACGUCAGGAGUGCCUACUGUGCGGCUUCUGUGGCUUCGCUCACAAACAUUAUCACCCCUACCCUGUUUGAAGGGACACACCACUGGAUUCUCAGUUGUCAGAACUGGGAAGGCGGUUUGGGUGGAGUCCCAGGACUUGAGGCCCAUGGUGGCUACACCUUCUGUGGCACCGCUGCCAUGGUCAUACUGGGCAAAGAGCACAUGCUGGAUCUCAAAGCCUUGUUACGCUGGGUAACCAGCAAGCAGAUGCGUUUUGAAGGUGGAUUUCAGGGCCGGUGUAACAAACUGGUGGAUGGAUGUUAUUCUUUUUGGCAAGCAGGGCUUUUACCAUUACUCCACAGAGCUCUUUUUAAAGAAGGAGACUCAACACUGAGCGCAAGUAGCUGGAUGUUUGAGAGACAGGCCCUGCAGGAAUACAUCCUCCUCUGCUGCCAGAAUCCUGGUGGAGGCCUUCUGGAUAAACCCGGCAAGUCUAGAGAUUUCUACCACACAUGCUACUGUCUCAGUGGACUCUCAAUAGCACAGCAUUUUGGAAACACGGAUCUUCAAAAUGAAUUGAUACUCGGUCGAGACGAAAACCGACUGGCACCUACUCAUCCAGUUUACAACAUCGGUCCAGAGAAGGUUGCCCAAGCGGUCAAACAUUUCCUUCGGUUACCAGUCCCAGUUUACAAAGGAGCUAAGAAGAAUGCUAUGGACCAGUCAUAGACUUUUACUUAUUUAAUAAAAAAAAGGUAAAGAUAUGUUAGGUAUUGAGCUAGAUUGACCCAAGACAGACCAAUCAUAUGGAAAUGCUGUAGGCAAGUGUACUCUACUUGCAUGUACUACAGGUACACACCAAGGGUCUCCUCUACAAAAGUUUCAGUGUGGGAUUUAUUUUUUGUCCUGAAGAAACCGUGGAGACCGAAAUGUUAAUGUGUUUUCAAUGCAGAAGGUUUAUUUGCACAUAUAGUACAGAGUUUUUUUGGCUUUUGGUGUAUGUUUGCUGGAGUGCAUGUGGCAAUAGGUUCUGGAGAGAACUCAAGUAUUUGUAUUCAUGAUUUGUACUAUGUUGUUUACAAUAAAUGGCUCCUUUGCUGACAAGA